UUUUUUUUUUACUCUCGCGGGCUUUGUUUUGAUAUGGCGGCAGGCUUCGAAACUUCUGUGUGUUAUGUGUCUUUAAAGCACGGCUUUGCUCUGGUAACAACACUUUUCCUUCAUGUUACAGGUAAAUUACGACACGUACUAAUGUCGCUAACCUCUCUGCCUUGUUACUACAGUGUAAUACCUGUAAAAAAAAACUUUUUGCAUCUCGUAGAAAGCGCAGACUGCUAACAACAGACACGUAACUGACACCGAGCCUUUUAAAUGCGCUGAAAAUGGACCGACAGGCUGAGAGAGCGACCUAAUAUAGGACUGAGUUGCGUGGUAGUCUGUAGUUAGCUCUCUAACAUGAACGUUGUCACGCUGUCAGUGCGCUGUUGCUAACCAAACAAACGCUCGUUUAAAACCGACCCCCCGCUGUCCUGACACGCUCCGCUGUAACGUUUAACCAGCCGAGGCCAGACACGGUUCAUGUAUUUCGAUGUAAACCGGUUACCAAAUAUAGUUUUCCUGGAUCUGGGCAUCGUUUAGAGCGUGCUUAUUCGCGGUGUGAUUAACGUCAACCCUUAACCUGUCACCAUAAUCUGUCGCUCAAAUCCCGGAUUAGCGAGCCCAUCCUGAGGGAGCGCGGUCAUCAUGUCAUCUCCAGCCGGGCUUCAGUACACCCAGGCGGACUUUUUGGCACGGUGGAUGCCGAGUAGCGCUAGAGCCGGGGUGAUCCUCAACCCGAGUCCAGACUUGGCUGGCUCCUUGCGGCACACCUCCGUCGUGAGAUCCUCGUCCCUGCAGCCAGACGACUCCUUCGCCUCCGACUUCGCCCCUCUGCCCGCAUCCGCAGACAGCAGCUGCCUCGGCGUGGAUGGAUUCACCGGAUCACCCGGAGGACCAUGGAGGGCUGGCACUGACAGGCCGGUGAACGCUCUGUCCUCUGGGCUUCCGAGGAACUCGGAUGGAGAGUUGGAGAGCUCGGACGACAUGGCAAACAAAUCACAGGAGCUGCCUCUGGUGAUAAAACUGGAACAGUUGAGGAAAUGGCAGCAGCACAUGCAGGAGCAGCUAAAAGCGCAUCAGUUGGAGGAGCUACUUCGCCUCCAGGAGGAGCAGCAGAGGCUGCUGGGAAUGAUGAAUGGAUCUCAGGACUCCACAGGAGAUCUUACAGAUCACACAGAGAGUCCAGGACUGUCAGGAGCAGAAUGGGGGGAAAACUCACACCAGGGAGCGCAUCAGACCCCGUGCAGCCCUACCAUGAACUGCCACAGGGUGACGCACGGCGUCCAAAAGGAACAAGAGCUCUCAUCAGCAGGGAGACAGGAGCAGCUACAGAGAGGUCAAGAUUGUGAUGAUGGGGAAGAGGGGACAUGGAGCUCGAGAGAAGAUGAUCAGGAACAUGACGACACGUCAGUGCCAAGCACUGCUGUGGCUUUGACAGAAGACGACAGCAGAAAAAAGGUCCUUCAUGACAGGCCUAUCGAGGGUCAGAAGAAAACGUUUGAGGAGUUGUUGGAGGAGCAGCUGAGGCUAGAGGAGCAGAAGCUUAAGUCUGCCCGGCAACAGCAGAGCCAAGAUGCAGCUGAAGCUGCACAAGACCCUCCCAAGAGAGCCUUCUUGAAGCGAGGUGAAGGCCUCUCAAGGUUUACCAACAAUCGCAAAGUCUCGUUACCAAACGUGGAGCUGAAGAAGGACCCAAAACCACAACUCCAGGCCAGAGUAAUCUCUCGCAGCAACUCGGAGCCUGCAGCUAUCCAGAGAGGUGCUGCCAAUGGCGUCCAGCGGCUUCCUGUCCAGCGUAAAACUGCCACACUCAACAAAGAAAACCGUCCACGUGGUCUCAGUUCACCUCCUCAGGGUGCCCGAAUUGAGAAUAAGGCAGCACGGACAAAGGUUUUGGGUAGUUAUCAAAGACAUAACACAGAAGGAUCAGGGUUGACGCAAACUGACCCAGAAGUCAGACAAAGCAAACAACUGGUGCCGGAGCAGAAUAACAGGAAAGUGGGUUUGUCAGCUCAAGCUGCAAGGAACCCUGCUCACCACACACAGCCAAACCCUGUAACCAAACAGGUGGGUGUUGUAAGAGGGCCAGAGAAGGCUGACAGUGAUCCAGCUAGAGAGAAAAGUGGGGGCCCAAGAGUGGAACCAACAGAAGGAAGAACAGGGUCAGCAGCAGCAGCAGCAGCAGGAGGAGAUGACAAAGUUCCACAGGACUCGUUUGAGCUGUCGUUCCAGGAUAAGCUGCAGCGCUGGGACUGUGACAGGCAGUUGGAAAGCAUGGAGCUGGGAGAGUUUGAGCUCCUGGAGCAAGCGGCCGAGGAGCUGUCCUUCUCGUCCAAUUCCUCUUUUGUCCUGAAGGUUCUUCAGAUGGACCAGCUGCAGGCAGCCAGGAGGCUCCACCCACGUCGGCUCUCCUCCACCCCCAUUAAAUCACCUCCCACAGGUGCACCACAGAGGCGCAGUUUUGGUGGUUUGCCAUGUAAAAGCAGUCCUGUGAACACAGAUUCAUCUGUGGCGAAGAGACGAGACGACAGACUCCAGAACAAAGUGAGCGUCGAGGAUCAGGACAGCGGGAGAGAGGACGAGCACUGCAACUCUGAAGUUUCAUCCUGUGGCAGCUCUGAGUUUGAAGACCAGGAAGUGGAGGUCAAGCCUUUGUUUCCCAGCACCCUUUGCUUUCCCGCACAGACUAACCCGCCAUACGACAAGCGGUCGUAUCAGGAUGAGGACAGCUGCAGGGAUUCAGCUUCAGGCGUCACACUGGGUGAUGACGGGGGGAGCGACAGCCUCCUCAGCAACGAUGAGCCCACUCUGAUAGAGGACAAAGACGGACAACGGGGUAGAGUCGUGUUUGACGACGACGACACGUGGAACGACCUGGAUGACAGCGCAGUCAGUGACAGUAGGCAGGUUUCCAAGGCAACGGCCAAUAGAAUCUCACCGCCACGAGAGCAGACUCUGUCGAGGAAGGUGGCAGCGAGCAAAGCUGUGGAGCCGAAUAAGGGAGUGAUUAUUGUUUCGGCCAAGGAGGAGCACGAUCCUCCCCCUGCCUCACAGCUCAUGACAAAACUGUUCCCCUCGCUGAAGCCAAAGACCCAGAAUGCUCCUCUACCUGCUCCUCCCGCUGCUCCCGAAUCCAAAAUGCCAGAGGUGGAGACAGGCCAGCAGGUCCAGUCCAGACUGCUGAGAGAGAGACUGGUUGAGCUGGAGAUUGAGAUCGAGAGAUUCAAGAAGGAGAAUGCUGCCCUCACCAAACUCAGACAGGAGAACGAGAAAAACCAGGAAACUCUCAGGAAAGAGCGUUUGGAGUUCGAGCAGAUGAAGGCGGAGGAGCUGGCCAAGCUCGAGGAGUACAAGAAAGAGGAGAACAGGAAGCUGCAGAAGGAGCGCAGACUGUUCGAGAAGCACGCGUCGGCCGCCAGAGCCAUACCUGACAAAAAGGAACGAGAGGAAAUCCAGGUGUUGAAGCAGCAGCUGAGCUCCCUGCAGGAGGAGCUGAAGGGCAGGGAGAGUCGCUGGGCUUCCAUGCACAGCCGGCUGAGACAACAGAUCGAGUCCCUCAAUCAGGAGAACGCCUCUCUGCGAGACGAGAUCCGUGUGUUGGAAAAGCUCCGCCUCAGUGCCUGGAAGAAGAACCCUGUGGUUGCAGAGAAGGACAAAGAAAUGAAAGACGGUCACAAAGUAUUUGAAAACGCGUCAUCCGUAACUAAAGGAGUGAAAUUUGCUAGUCCUCUUGACUCCAACGGUAGCAGCAGCAGCCCUCCUCAGAGCAGCACUCCUACAGCCACUAGAAGAAGCUCCAAGGAGAGCGGCCCGACUCUGGGUGCUGCAGGAAUUAAGAGCAGCCUGAGGAGGCCUUCAGCAUCAGGCGCCUCUUCCUCAUCCUCUUCAUUGCCUGGCAGGAUGACAGAGAAAGAGAAGUCAACACCUGCCAGUGAGAGCCAGGACAAACCACCAGACCAAGAAACCUCACACAACUGCUCUGUGAGAAGAAAUUCUCUGCCAAAAGAAGCCGAGCGCAGUGAGCCAGAAGAGCCAGCAUCAGCUGAGGAGGUUAUCACACAUCCUGACGGGAAGAUAGAGAAGGUUCUGGCCGGUGGUGAUCGCCUUAUCACGUUCCCCAACGGGACCAGGAAAGAGGUUUCAGCAGACGGACUGACAGUCAAAGUCACCUUUUUCAACGGAGACACCAAACAGAUCACAGCCGACCAGAGAGUGAUCUACUAUUAUGCUGAAGCCCAGACUACACACAUCACCUACCCAGAUGGCAUAGAGGUCCUGCACUUCCCCAACAACCAGACUGAAAAACAUUUUCCAGAUGGCCGUAAGGAAAUCACCUACCCAGACCAGACGGUCAAGAACCUGUUCCCCAACGGCAGGGAGGAGAGCGUGCUGACAGACGGGACCAUCAUACAAGUGAACCCGGACGGCACCAAGGAGAUCCAUUUCAACACAGGCCAGAAGGAGAUCCACACGGCCGACUACAAGAGGAGGGAGUAUCCAGAUGGUACUGUGAAGACGGUUUACACUGACGGCAGGCAGGAAACCCGUUAUCCCACGGGACGGCUCAGGAUCAAAGACAAAGACGGAAACAUCAUUGUGGACAAUAAGGCAUAAAAAACACUAAACUUUUUGAGUGCCACCAAAGAAAACAUGUUAGCUCAUGUCUUCAAACAUCUGAGGCAAAAACUACAGCAGGUUCCACACUGAGUGUGAAGAAGUCGGGAGCCUUUUUAAUAGGAUUUUAAUUUAGUUUUUAAAUAAAUUUGACUUUAAAGUGACAGAAGUGAGAACCUCCUGCUUGUUAGGACUCUUAAAAAGCUGUGUUGGUGUGUUUUGUUACACAAAACAUGGACCUACCUAUUCAAAUGUUGCUCCAUAGUUGCAGCUAGUGGUUAAAAGCCCAGACUAAAGCGGGUGAAUCCUGACUGAUUCUGCUUGUGAAGCAGGACUUUAUUUCUCAACAGAAUGUAGCAUUUAGCUCCGACAUUGGAUAUAAAAUUUAAAUGAAGUAGCAACAAUAGUGUGAGAAGUAAAGACUAGGGCAGAGUUUUUGACUGCUAGUUAAAGCUGUGGUUUUUACAUCUGUCCAGCGCACAAGGAUGAGUAUCAAUGAACAAUGACUCAUCGUGUUUACACUUUGGGUAAAGGCGUGUGAGUAAUGAAACGCUGUACAGAAACAAAAUGUCAGCAGAUUCAAGCAGAAGUGCUUCAGUGUGUGUGAAGUGUUUUAAGUGUUUACAACUGUUUUAAUUUGUAAAAAUGUUAAAUACAUAUUUAU